AUAAACAAGCAACUUAGUAUAUUGUCAAUUGCUAUGGAAUGAGUAGAGUCGGAUCAUUUCUUCGUUAAAUAAAUUAAAUAAUUAUUUAUUUUAAAUAAAUUACAUAAUUAUACAUUUUCUAAUUUUUCGCGUCAUUCUUAUGCUAUGGAAUCGUUAACGAAUGUUCUUCCACCUCCUGUUUAUCAGGCUGUUGAUCGGCAGCAACAUGUCCCCAGCAAAAUAACAUCAUCAGUCGUGGCCGUUAUCGGAGUGUGUCCGCCUUAUGGUCAGAGGAAAGGAUGGAUACCCAGAAAAGUUGAGGAUUACGGAGAUGGCGGAGCGUUCCCGGAAAUUCACACUCCUCAAUUCCCACUCGGCAUGGGAUCAAAAAAGUCGACGAGUAACGCACUCGCGAAAACGGUGGACUCCGAAGGAAAUGUCAGGUACGAUGCAAUUGCUAGAGUCGGGCAUAGACAAGAUAAAAUUGUCCAUUCUCGAUUCAAUGACCUGACGACAAAAGUCUUGGAUCCAGACGAUUCAACGAUUCAGAAACCCGAUCCAGAUUAUGUUAAAGAGAUUACGGACAAGACGAAAGAUGCUCUUGAGAAAUUGGUAGCAGCCAAAAUUUCGGCAGCUAUGCCAGUCAGGGCGGCUGAGAAGAAGGGACAGGCGCAAUACAUCAGGUACACGCCAUCCCAGCAAGGUGUGGCCUUCAACUCGGGGGCCAAGCAGAGUGUCAUCCGGAUGAUUGACGUCCAACAGGACCCAAUGGAACCUCCCAAAUUUAGGACCAACAAGAAGAUCCCCCGCGGUCCUCCCUCUCCCCCCGCUCCCGUCCUCCACUCCCCAAACAGAAAGGUCACUGUGAAGGAGCAACAGGAGUGGAAGAUUCCGCCUUGCGUUUCCAACUGGAAGAAUGCUAAAGGCUACACCAUCCCGCUGGACAAGAGGCUGGCGGCAGAUGGCAGAGGACUGCAGGCCACGCACAUGAACGAAAACUUCUCCAAACUCGCCGAAGCCCUCUACCUGGCAGAUCGGAAGGCUCGAGAGAAUGUGGAGGCGAGGGCGCAGAUGGAGAAGAAGGCCGCCCAGAAGGAGAAGAUGGCGAAGGAGGAGAGGUUGAAGAUGCUGGCCCACCUGGCCAGGGAACAACGGGCUGGCGUGGGGACGAACCACGACGCCAGUGCUCCUGCCAACGAUGUGGAUGACCCCGACUUUCAAACUCGAAGUGACUUGAGGAGAGAUCUGGCCAAGGAAAGGCAGAGGGACAGAAACAUCAGCAGAGCUGCUCCCGAUAAGAGGAAUCGUUUGCAGAAGGAACGGGAGAGGGACAUAAGCGAGAAAAUUGCCCUCGGCAUGCCCAACCCUGGUAACCGCGGCAACGAUGACGCAAUGUUCGACCAGAGACUCUUCAACCAAUCAAAGGGUCUCGAUUCCGGAUUCGGCGGGGGUGAGGACGACAGGUACGACGUGUAUGACAAGCCAUGGAGGUCCGACAAAGAUUUCGCCUCGCACAUUUACAGGCCCUCCAAAAAUGUCUCAAACGACAACCUGGUCGACGACAUAGACAACCUCAUCAAGUCUAACAGAUUUGUCGCCGAUAAACCAUUUUCCGGAAGUGACGCGACGAUACGAAGGGAUGGGCCGGUGCAAUUCGAAAAAGAGGAGGAAGAGGAUCCGUUCGGUCUGAACAAAUUUUUGGACGAGGCCAAGAGAGGGCAGAAGAGGAACCCGAACGAAGGAAACGAACACAGCAGUAGCAAGCACGGUCAUCAUCAUUCAGAUCAUUCCAGUAACAAGAGGAGGAAGGUUUGAUGAUGAAAAUGAUGAAGAUGAGGAUGGAGUCUGGAAUGAUCCGUAAUGGGAAGUGGAAGAGGAUCGGUCGUGAUAUGGGAUGAGACGGGAUGAAGGAUUGAUGAUGACAUGAGUUGAGGGUAGAAAAAUUCUGAUGAAGAUGAAGAAGACGACGAAGAUGAAGAUGACAGUUGUGAGAAUGAACGAACGAUUGAAUGAAUGAAUGAACGAUUGGAUGAAUAAACGAUUGAUUGAAUGAAUGAAUAAAUGAAUGAAUGAGAGAUUAAGAGAACGAACGAAAGGAUGAUCUAUUAAUCAGUUGCAAAAUUUACUGUUUGACUGAUUCGUGCGUGUUUUGUUUGUUUUUACAAAAUGAAUGAUUAGAUAAAAAUAAAUAUAUAAGUAAAUAAAUAUAUAAAUAAAUAAAUAAUUAUUAUUAUUAUAUAUGUUGGCAAAAGACAAUAAUUUUUACAAUAUUCUAUAAAUUCUACCGAAUGUUUGGCGUUAAUAUGUUUCUGAAGAUUCUGAAUCGAAAUAUGUGGCCUUAUUUGCAGCAUGAAUUCGGAAAAUUUCCCGAAUUUAGCAUGAAUUCGGAAAAUAAGUUUAUUUUGAAUUUUAAUAAACUAAACGUUCACCAAAAAACUUUAGUGAGAAAAUUUGAAAAAACGAACUACAAACAUAUUAACGCCAAACAUUCGGUAGAAUUUAUAGAAUAUUGUAAAAUAUAUAUAUAUAUAUCGUUACUCCUCGUUCUUGUUUUCAUUGUUAACAUCACGUGUUUC